GCGGCGGAGGCGGCGGCUGCUCCGCGCCAGCCAUGGCUGUAAAGGACCCAACAGCUGUAGAAAGAGCAAAUUUACUAAACAUGGCUAAAUUGAGUAUCAAAGGACUCAUUGAAUCAGCUCUGAGCUUUGGCCGCACUCUGGAUUCUGACUACCCACCUUUGCAGCAGUUCUUUGUUGUCAUGGAGCACUGCCUGAAGCAUGGCCUUAAAGUAAGAAAAUCCUUUCUAAGUUACAAUAAAACCAUCUGGGGUCCUCUGGAACUUGUGGAGAAAUUAUAUCCAGAAGCUGAGGAAAUAGCAGCAAGUGUCAGAGAUUUGCCUGGCCUUAAGACCCCGCUGGGCCGUGCCCGGGCCUGGUUGCGGUUGGCGCUGAUGCAGAAGAAGAUGGCUGACUAUCUGCGCUGCUUAAUCCUCCAGAGGGAUCUUCUCAGUGAAUUUUAUGAGUAUCAUGCAUUAAUGAUGGAGGAAGAAGGAGCAGUUAUUGUUGGGCUAUUGGUUGGGUUAAACGUGAUAGAUGCUAACCUGUGUGUGAAGGGAGAAGACCUAGAUUCACAAGUUGGGGUGAUCGAUUUCUCUAUGUAUUUGAAGAGUGAUGAUGAGAUUGGGGGAAAGGAAAGAAACGUACAGAUUGCUGAAAUUUUGGACCAAAAGAAUUAUGUGGAAGAACUGAACAGACAACUGAAUAGCACAGUUAGCAGUCUACAUGCAAGAGUUGAUUCACUAGAGAAAUCAAACACCAAACUGAUUGAAGAGUUGGCGAUAGCCAAAAACAAUAUAAUUAAACUUCAGGAAGAAAACCAUCAAUUAAGGAGUGAAAAUACUCUUAUUUUAAUGAAAACACAGCAUCAUCUAGAGGCAACUAAAGUGGAUGUUGAAGCAGAACUGCAGACAUACAAGCACUCCAGGCAGGGCCUGGAUGAAAUGUACAACGAAGCCCGCAGGCAGCUUCGGGAAGAGUCACAACUUCGACAAGAUAUGGAGAAUGAAUUAGUGGUUCAAGUUAGUAUGAAACAUGAGAUAGAGCUUGCCAUGAAGUUGCUGGAGAAGGACAUCCAUGAGAAGCAGGAUACCCUCAUAGGCCUUCGACAGCAGCUUGAUGAAGUUAAAGCAAUUAACAUGGAAAUGUAUCAAAAGCUGCAGGUUUCUGAAGAUGCUAUGAAAGAAAAAAAUGAAAUAAUUGGUCGGUUAGAGGAUAAGACCAAUCAAAUUCAUGCAACUAUGAAACAACUAGAACAAAGUGACAAAGAUCUGUUAACUCAAACUAGGACUAUUGCAAUGUCAUUCGUCAAGUGUGCCAGCAGUGAAGCUCAGCACCAGUAUAAACUUGUCAAAGAUAUAUCAUUCUGAAAGCUCCUCUGGACCUGCUGUGUUUAAAUAGUUACUGACAAAAUACACCUUAAGACUGUUGAAAUGGCAUAUUUUCAAUAGAAAGUGGUAUUUAGAAACCCUCCACUGUAGCAAAGGGCAGCUGGGUUCAGUUUUGUUUUCUGAAAGCAUCAUCUCUGAGCUCACUUUUACCCCCUUAAAAAAACAAGUUAAAAAAAGUAAAUUAUUGCACUACUAUUAAGCAAAUGUAAGCUAGUUUUCUAAUGCUAUUUAAUCACUUAAGUGUCAAACAAAAUGUAUUUUAAAGUCAGCUAUCUGUACAUUUUUAUUACAUUUGUUUCUGAUCUAGUGAUUUUUCCUAUUCUUUAUGGUACUAACAGAUUUUAAAAGUAGCCCUUCUGACUAAUAUUUCCCUUUCCCCAGAUUAUUUUUUUUCACUUUUAAGCUGUAUUUAUCCCAAAAGCGUGCUCUCUGUUGGGUUUUUUGGUUGUAACUAGCACUGUUUUAAACAGCAUGACAGGAGUCUGGGGAAGGGGCUUGAGUGCUCUGUUAGAACAGUAUGUUUAAGAAAGGAGGGUGGUGUCAGCAUAUGUGCAGUGGCAGAAUUGCAGGGUUUGGGGAUAAAACAGCUAAAGCACAAUUCCAUUUUGCUGAUGUGAUGUGGGGUAAGAUAUUUUCACAGGAUUAAAAUGUGUUUGGAGCCUGGAUGUGGAUGGAGCUGCAGACAGGGAGAGCAGCACAGCCCGGAAAAUUUUGUAGCUGUGACUCCUGCCUAGAACAGCUGCACCCUGGCAGCUAGAGUGGAAGCUGUAGUAAGAAAUAGGGUCUGCAUUCAGGGCCCAGAUCCUGAACUUGUCUGACUUGUUUGUCAGCUAAAGAUCUUGCCUGUCUGUGCCUGUGUCUAGGCAGUAAUCAUAACCUGUGCUUUUGUCCAACCCCUUUCCCCUCCCUCCUCCCAGCAUCAGGCACUCUUUACAAUUCAUGUUUCUGCUUUGAGUUGCUGCUUGCCUGCACUGCAGAAAUCAGAUUUUGGUGCUAAAGUUUUCAGUGGCUUCAUUCAGCUUUUUCUGCCCAGGGAAUUGACCCUGCUUUUCCCAGCAUUCUUCUUUCCAUAUGUAUUUUUUACCCUCUGUGCACGCCCAUUGCAAAUGUGAUUGAGAGCAUUCUUAAAGCAAGUGGGUAUAGCUGAAUGAGAUAGUAUACACUUUAUAGGGUAGUUUAGUUCUAGACACGUUUCACUUCUUUACUGGCAGCUUUUGGAAACUCCUGCCAGUGCAGCUUGAUCAGCAGAAGCACGAAGUGCUGUGACAAAUUGAAGUAGAUAUUGCUGACUUCCUGUUUGUUUUUUUUAGCUGACACUGGGAGUUGUGAGUCACUCACUCUGCAUUCAGGUAGCUGCUGGGAGGUGAGAAAUCAAGCACAGAGAGGGUAUCACAGAUUUCUCCCACCACUUACCUGAGAGGUCCUUGAAACCCUUUUGUUGAGCAUGAUGCAGCAGGUGGGGACAUUCAGUGGUAUCUCACAGGCCCUUUUAUUCUCCUGCCUUUUCGUUAAGACAGGUGUAGGCAUGAUACAAGUUCCAUUGUAGUACCUUGACUUCUGUUACAUUACAUCCAUUUUUUUUGGAUUGAAGAGGUGACCAAGCAGAGAGGAACCAUAGUUAAUUACUGGAUUCCAAGGGGUGGUGCUAGCUGAGGCAGGAACAAACCCCUGUCAUUCAGAAAGGAAAGAUUAAGUAAAUAAAAAACCCCCUACCUCUCAUUUCUUGAUCAGUCAGUUUUAUUUGUUUUGUCUAUAGUAUGGGAGUCAUUUAAACCAGUGUAAGAAUGCAUUAUUUUUAAUACAGAUGGUUUAAUAAUAUGAUGUAGCUGAGGUAGUUCUAUAAAUGUAGUGGGACCUGAGAGGGUGUUUUGUCUUGUAUUAGGGUAGUUAAGGUUUUUUUGCUGUCUGAUUGCAGUGCUCUGUAUUCAGCCUUAUGCCUGCGUGGUUUCGAGCUGCUUUUGCACAACACAUGCUCUGCCCUGUCUUAAUGAGUGAUGAGUACAAGCCUAGUAAUUUUACAGGAUUUAUUUGGAGGGAAAAAAAAUAAAAAGCUUCCAAAAGUAACACGUGAACAUAAGCUAGAAAGAAAAAGCAUUAAGGUAUAUGCUUCAAGUCUAAAAUAUGUAUCAUCAUGCUUUGGCAUCUGUUAUUCAUAAGCAUAAAAUAAACCAGUGAUUACUUCCAGUGAUUACUCUCUUACUGUAUGAAAAAACAGGAGCUACUUCUCUAGGCAUUGUAUGGAUUUCUCGUUUGAGUUUGUGAGUUUCCCCCAAACUUUGUUUUUAUUUAGAAAUGUUUCUAUUUCCCCAUUUUUCUUUUAUUUGUCUUCUUCACCCUCUACA